ACAAGGACUAUGAAAAUUCAUCGUCUCGUCUUUGCGUUCCUUCCACUAUUCUUGUCCACAACUUCAAUUGUUUUUUGUGACAAGUCGGCACAACAAUAUUUUGACGAAGGGAAUGAAUUCUUUGCAGACCAAAAGUACGACGAAGCUGUGAAAAGCUUUGUUGCCGCUAUUAAUCAAAAUCCAAAUGACUAUUUAUAUUAUUUUAAGCGUGCUUUAACGUACUUAGCUUUAGAAAGAAGUUCCUCUGCCCUUCAGGACUUUACUACAAUAUUAAAAUUGAAGCCUGAUUUUGACAAAGCACUGUUGCAGCGUGCUAAAAUAUAUAUAAAGGAAGGAUCAUUAAGUGAAGCUAAAUCCGAUUUGCAACAAUACCUACAAAAAAACGAGCAAGAUAAUGAAGGUCAAAAAUUGCUUGUAUCAGUUAAUUCAGCAGAGAAUUAUAUAAGUACAGCUGAAGAUGCUAUUAAUUCUGAGAAUCAUGAUGCAUGUAUAGAAAACGUUUUCAAGGCGAUAAAAAUUUCGCCACAUUCUCCACGUCUAAGGUUAAUUAGGGCACAAUGCCACUUAGCCAAAGGAGAAGUGGAAGAGGGGCCCGAUGACCCGGAACUUUCGAUACGCCUAUGUUUGCUAAAUUAUUUUUCGCUGUAUAAUCCGGAACAAGCGCUCCAAAGUCUUAAACAGUGCCUUCGUUAUGAUCCAGAGCACAAAGCAUGUAAAACACUUCAUAGGUUUAUUAAAAAUAUCAAAAAAGAAGUGGAGAGAGUUAAUAAUGAUAUUGAGGGACAUAGAUGGAAGUUAGCAAUAAGCAAGUUGCUAGAAUCACCUAAUAAAGGCCUUAUAAAUGAAAUUGAAGAAGAGCUUCAAAAUUUGAAUGAAGGCCGUCAACGAAAUGAGUUAUUAGUAAAAUUAUACGGAUGGACAUGUAAAGCAUACAAAGAGUUAAAAGAAGUUAAAAAAGCGUUGAAAUGGUGUGGUAACACUUUGGAAUUAGAUGAAAAUAAUGUAGAAGCACUGAUUAAUCGGGCAGAAGUAUUAAUGGAAGAAGAAGAUUAUGAAGCAGCAUUAAAUGAUUAUAAAAAGGCACUUGAUUUGACACAAGGGCUUGACAAUCGUAUUAAACAGGGCUAUUUAAAAGCUGAUCGUAUGCUCAAACAGUCUAAGAAGAAGGAUUAUUACAAAAUUUUAGGUGUUUCAAGGAAAGCGGAUAAGAAAGAAAUCAAAAAAGCAUAUCGAAAAUUGGCACAGGAAUGGCAUCCUGACAAAUACAAAGGUGAUUUAUCUCCAGAUCAAGUUGCCGUUAAAAUGAGUGCUAUAAAUGAAGCUUAUGAACUCUUGAGUGAUGAUGAAUUACGAGCGAGAUUUGAUAAUGGUGAAGACCCAAAUGAUCCAAACAGUGGAAGUUCACCAUUCUUCUAUUCAGACAAUAAUCCAUUUACUCAACAAUUUGGCGGUUUUCCAUUUACUGGGUUUCCGUUUAGUAGUGGCGAAAGCAGUGAGGGACAAUACCAGUUCCAUUUUAAUUUUCCUUAA